AACGAACCAACAUGGUUGCCCGUGAAUAUCGCCUCCAACUUUACACUACUGUUUACCGGGAUAUUUUGAAAAAACACAGUGGCUGAUCACCGACUGUAAUUGAGCGUGGCAGUGUAAGGUCACAAAAUGGUACCAUCGAGGCUAUUGCAGCUUGUAUUCGUGGCGUUUCUGCUCCGACUUUCUGCAUUGUCGACAGCCGAGGACGACCCACUGAAUCGUGCAGUGGAGCGAGCUAAUUUCAACAUUGACGAAGGCCAGCCACCGGGAUCCUUUGUAGGUGCCAUCUCAACUCGUCCUGGAUUUACGUACAGAUUUAGCGAAGAGUCUGAGUAUUUUAGUAUAGACAGUAUCAGCGGGGAAAUACGGACAAAAGCAACAAUUGACCGAGAAUCUUUGAGUAGCGAUUUACUCUCGUACGUUGUAUUCUCUAGCGAGCCAACUUACCCAAUCGAGGUACGGAUUACCGUUGACGAUAUCAACGAUAACUCGCCUAAUUUUCCAGAAUCUCGCAUCUAUGUCUCCUUCUCUGAAAGUGCGAGGACAGGUACGUCUGUUAUUCUAGACACUGCGACAGAUCUCGACUCGGGUUCGUACGGAAUAACAGAGAAUUAUGCUAUUGUCGGCGGGAAUACUGACGACGAGUUAUUUCGACUGGUUGUGACAACAAAUCCAAGCGGAGCUGCUGCUUUCCUGCACGUUGUAACAACCCAUACACUAGACCGAGAAGCACAGGACUUUUACCAACUGAACAUUUCGGCGCAAGAUGGAGGUAUUCCACCACGAUUUGGAUUUCUUUUAGUGGAUAUAACUAUUCGCGACGCAAAUGACAAUCCGCCUGUUUUCGACCCGAGCGAGUAUGAAGUUAGCUUGAUCGAGAGUAUAGAACCAGAUACGCUUGUACUCACAGUUCGCGCAACUGAUAGGGACAUUGGCGAAAACGCUGAAAUUAUUUACUUUCUAGAUGAGAGAGAGGACUUGUUUACUAUUCAUCCUUCAACUGGCGAGAUCAGGACGUUGAGAGAACUUGAUUUUGAAUCAAAUGAGAUUUACACAGUGACAGUGGAGGCGAAAGAUAAGGGUAAUCCUACCCAGUAUGGCAGGGCAUACGUCCAUGUCAGAUUGCUGGAUGAAAAUGACCAUUCUCCUGUUAUAACAUUUCGAUUUAUACCAAGCAGUGAGACUGUUGCCAAGGUGGCAGAGGAAACAGCAGUUGGGACAAUUAUUGCUAUUGCCACGGUAACAGAUGAGGAUGAGGGUCUCAAUGGGCAAACGAGUAUCCAGAUUACAAGAGGAAAUGAACAAGAACAUUUUCGAAUUUAUCCGUUAGCCAGUUUGUAUGCAAUUCAGGUGGCAGCUAGUUUAGACCGUGAGCGAAUUUCACAGUAUAAUUUGACAUUUUUUGUUAAAGACUUUGGUAGUCCACCUCGUUAUACGUUUGCCUAUCUAAUCAUUUAUGUUACGGAUGCAAAUGAUCACGCACCCGAAUUUGAGUAUGAACAGUAUGAAGUCACGCUCAGUGAAGAUUUACCUAGCGGGAGUUUUGUGGAGAGUCUGACAGCCACCGAUGAGGAUGCAGAUUUAAAUGCGCAGAUAUUUUAUCGUAUCACAGAAGGAAAUGAUCUUGAUUGGUUUGAAAUCGAUGAAAACACUGGACUUAUUACAACAAAAAGUGCCUUAGACAGAGAAAUUGCCAGUAGAAUUGUAUUGAACAUUACAGCUCAAGAUCAAGGUGCUACACAACAUUUAGCAGAAACUCACAUCAUUAUCAAUAUUGCAGAUGAGAAUGACGAUGCGCCGACUUUCGUCAUUACCAGUUAUAAUGUGACAAUAAUGGAAAAUUUCACUCCACCUAGGGAAGUAGUUAUCGUGUCUGCAACUGACAUGGAUUCCGGUGUAAAUGGUGAAGUGUCAUACACUUUGGCUGAUCAUGUGGAAAUGGAUUAUCCUGGAGUCUUCACCAUUAUUGAAAAUACAGGGAAAAUCAUGACUCUGGUUACAUUUGAUCGGGAAACCAUACCUGAGUAUACCCUAUCUGUUAUAGCGACAGAUGGAGGUGUGCUACCGCGGUCUUCCACUACGCAAGUCAACUUAAAAGUUGGCGAUUUAAAUGACAAUUCCCCAAUAUUUUACCCGGUUAAUUACUAUGGAGAAAUUGAUGAAAACCAGCCAGCGGGUACAACAGUCAAACAUGGGCAAGUGAGUGCCACAGAUUUAGAUUUUGGAAGCUAUGGUAGAGUUGCGUAUACCAUUAUACAAGGAAAUUCAGAUGGUCGUUUUAGUAUUGAUAGAAACAGUGGAGUCAUUAUCGCAACAACUUCGUUGGACAGAGAACAAAAGAAUUCAUAUCAGCUGAUUAUAAAUGCACAAGACGACGGUGGUCGCAGUGCCAUUCCAUACGCAACAGUCCAUAUCACAGUGGUUGAUAUACUAGACAAUCCACCACAAUUUGACAAACUUGGUUACACUUUUGAGUUUUUUGAAAAUGUUGCUUUAGGACACUCAGUCGGUAGAGUGAGUGCUAGCACAGGAGAUCAAAGUUCGAUUCUUUCCUAUGCAAUUUCGUCAGGCGAUAGAGAUAAUGUCUUCCAAAUUGACUCAGUUUCUGGGGAAAUUACGACCGCUAAGGAAAUUGAUCGUGAAGUUACUCCUUUUUAUCAACUCACUGUCAUUGUGAAUGGUGGGCCAGUAGUUGGGCAAACACUUGUGAAUAUCACUAUUUCAGAUAAAAAUGACAACUCGCCUGAAUUUCCCCAACCCAUGAUCACUACGGCAGUUGUCGAGAACUGGUCUGUGGGACACGAAGUACAACAAAUACAUGCCACAGACAGAGAUGAUGGGCCGAACGGACAAAUUGUAUAUGAACUUCUCCGAAAUCCUGAUCAGAAAUUUCGUAUUGAUGAAACUACAGGAUGGAUUUAUCUAAAUUUACCAGUUGACAGCUCAGUGAGAACAUAUUAUUUACAGGUACUGGUGACGGAUUUUGGAGUACCACAACUUUCAUCCAUCCUCAACGUCACUGUUGAAGUUCGUGAUAUCAAUGACCAUUCGCCAGUGUUUGUACAGACUCGCUAUCAAACUGACAUUAUUGAGUCUAUUUCGCGGAACACCCAAUUUUUUCAAGUUUCAGCCACGGACCAAGAUCUAGGGCAAAAUGGACUUGUUACCUAUAGUGUAACUCAAGGAAACACAGAAAAUAAAUUUGGCAUUUUCCCAGAUGGCAAUUUAUGCUAA